CCUGUACAAACCAACCCGACUCCCUCGUGCUUUGAGUUCCUCUUUCUUCCACAGGCGCUUCUUCCUGCACAUCUUCAUACUGCAGAUCUGCAAUUAAUGAUAUUGUAGACAUCUUUGCUUAUCUUGUUCCGACCCCUCACACUCGUUUACCUGAGCAUUGCACACCUGCACCCCGUUAUUACCGUUGUCGACCCUACCAAUCGUAGUUUAUCCACCUUCACCUUUCUUUUGGAACCGUAUUUCGCCUCGGUACCAACGUCGAUCUUCCAACAUCGCGCAAUACGCACGGCUUUCUAUCGCCGAGGGACUGCACCUGCACCCUUCUACGAUCGCUGCGCGCUGUUUGUAGCCAUCGCGAGACGCCCCCUUUCGACAGCGUUAGGCGUGUUCGACUCGAUCGGUCCCAUCCCGCUAUAACGACACAAAUUUACCCCAUCCUUCACCAUGGUGUGGCACGAGGUCAUGGGCAUCUUUGCCCGAGCAGAUAGUAGCAUACCAGACAUCGACGACCCUUGGCCGGUCAAGGAUAUUGUAUACACCUCCAUCGUCGGCGCUGUCAUGCUUGCCGCUUUGCUCGAGUGGUUUCUCUGGGUUGCUGCCUUUCUGUACUGCAUCGUCAAGGUCUUUCAAAAGGCCGAGACAAUCAGCGUCCGCAUCCUUGCUGUAUUCUUUGGGAUUCUUUUCUUCUGCCUCCGUGCCAUCUUCCUUCCCAUCAUGGUUGUUACGCUGCCCCUGCCUGCCCAGGUCGUUAAGUACUUCCCGCAAAACAUGGUCGACUUCCUGCAAUGGUUCGCUUUCUGGUCCUUCGCUGGUCUUCUGACAAUUCCCUGGUUGUUCUGUGUCUACCAACUCGUCACCCACUCCGUUGGUCGAUCCAGGAGGAUCAAAUCGGUUCUUGAUGAGGCUUCCGCACCCAAGGUCGUCAUUAUCAUGCCCUGCUACCAAGAAAUUCCGGAAAUUCUUCUCCGUACUUGCGACUCUCUGGUUGACUGCGAGUACCCUCCGUCCUGCCUGCACAUCUUCCUCUCUUUCGACGGAGAUGCCGAGGAUGAACUCUACUUGAACACCAUCGAGAAGCUCGGUGUACCGUUGACUCUCGACUCCUACCCCAAGUCCAUCGAUGUCAUCUACCGCAGCUGUCGUAUCACCAUUUCUCGAUUCCCCCACGGUGGCAAGCGUCACUGCCAAAAGAGGACCUUCAAGCUCAUUGACAAGAUCUAUGCCGAGUACCUCAAGCGCAACGACAACCUUUUCGUGCUCUUCAUCGAUUCCGAUUGUAUUCUUGACAAGACCUGCAUCCAGAACUUCAUGUACGAAAUGGAGCUCAAGCCUGGUAGCAAGAAGAACAUGUUGGCUCAAACUGGUGUCAUCACGUCGACAACCGAGAAGAAUUCGCUCAUCACCCUGCUUCAAGAUAUGGAGUACGUCCACGGCCAACUUUUCGAACGUUCAGUCGAGUCUGGUUGCGGUGCUGUCACCUGUCUGCCCGGUGCCCUGACUAUGCUUCGAUUCUCCGCUUUCCGAAGGAUGGCCAAGUACUACUUCGCUGACAAGGCCGAGCAAUGUGAUGACCUCUUCGACUACGGAAAGUGCCAUUUGGGUGAGGAUCGUUGGUUGACGCAUUUGUUCAUGAUUGGCGCAAAGGAGCGAUACCAAAUUCAGAUGAACACUGGAGCUUUCUGCAAGACCGAGGCCGUGCAAACCUACCAAUCUCUACUCAAGCAGCGUCGUCGAUGGUUCUUGGGUUUUAUCACCAACGAGGUUUGCAUGUUGACGGACAUUCGUCUCUGGAAACGCUACCCUAUCCUCCUUAUUGUUCGAUUCAUGCAGAACACCAUCCGAACAACUGCGCUGCUCUUCUUCAUCUUGGUCCUCUCUCUCAUCACGACUUCCCAGAGGAUUGCCAACCUUCCGGUUGGUUUCAUCGCCAUCUCUCUCGGACUAAACUGGCUUCUCAUGUUGUACUUUGGCGCUAAGCUCGGUCGCUACAAGAUUAUGUUGUACCCCAUCAUGUUCGUCAUCAACCCCUUCUUCAACUGGGUAUACAUGGUUUACGGUAUCUUCACCGCUGGUCAGCGUACAUGGGGUGGUCCUCGUGCCGACGCCGGUACCGCUGAUACCAAGACAUCUCCCCAGCAGGCUAUUGAGCAGGCUGAAGCUGCUGGUGACGACCUGAACGUUGUUCCCGAAACCUUCAAGGCUUCAGCGGCGGCUGCCAAGGGUCGUCCAGCUGCUGUGCCCCUUCAACCUGGAGACAACAUCGAUGGACGUUUCGCCGCUGCCGAGCAGAUGUCGAACGGAUGGUACCAACAAGGAAACGACUCUGGUUACACUCUGCCCAACACACUGCCCCGCAAUCCCAACGUUCCUCACGUUCCCCUGCACCCGCGCUCAUCUAUGGACUCGUUCGUUUCAGGCACCUCCGCAAACAACUCCAUCUACAUGCCCCGUCGUGUCGAGAGUUUCAUGGAUCCUGAGGAUGCGCGUAUCUACCACAAGACCCAGCAAACACAAAAACCUGCCGGUGGAGCUUUCUUCGAGGAAGCACGCCAGGGACCAUAUGAAGUGGGAACGGCUUCGGGCAAAUCCCCAUACGAAGAGUCUGUAGCGUCCGUGUCUGAAGAGUCUGUAUACUAUUCGAAGCAACCUUCAAGACCUCAACAAUCACGCAUGAACAGCGAUGGCGGUCAUGUUGCCUCUGGUCCCCAUGCCCCAAGCACAAACUCGCCUCUUUCCGCCGAGUACGGACAGAGCGGGCUUGAGGCACCAAGGGCUGCGUACAACCAAAACGACCAGGGCUCGAGCGGCCGCAGUGGACGUAGUCCCCUCGCACGCCAAAGCUACGUCCGCACCGCUCCGGGUGAAGACAACGGAUACGAGCUGCAACAACCACAAGCAAGCAGUCUGAUGCGCGAUGUCUCCCCCGCACCAAUGGGCCAGUCUCAGGGACAGCCAGGUCACUCGCGAGGCGACUCGGAGGAAUCGAAGCAGCGGAAGAGACUUACCAAGGAUCGCAAGUAAACGCUUCUUCGUUUGCGACUUUCACUUUCUUCAAUCCCUCUUCCUAACUAUGCACCCAAAACAUCCAUAAUGGGUGAAAGGCGCCGGAGUCUGCUUUCUUCUCACUUUCGUUUGCAUGGCUUCAUGGGGGCGUUUCAGCAAGUCGCUGCCGUACUCAUCACAUCAUGCGCUUUGUCUUUGUACAUACUUGUAACAUUUGGGGAGAGGUUGCUAUGGUCGAUUCAUCGCAUUACGGUACGGUACGACUUGAUCAUCAAUGACGAUUCUGUUUUUUUCUCUCUCUUUCUCUCAUCGCCUUUGAAGAAUGACAUACGUAUCCCAUCGCUACGGGCCUUUUGGGUAUUUUGUGUGAGGGAACCCCGGUUUGGGAAGAACCGCAUGUCUGGAGUAAUGUUUAGAAAAAUCAAUUGCUAUGUUC